AUGCGGGCAAGUCUCGCCUUCGUCUUGACACUGCUGCUCGCCACGUCUGUGUCAGCCUACAAAUCCGUGAGAGGCGGAAUCCCCGCACCCGUAGGGCUGGCAUGUUGGUACGCAGCUCGAGAAUACGACAACACCUGCUCCGUGGGCAACCUGACGGCCUGCAGAUGUGGAUCACCCAUCUUCAUGGGCUCGGUCACAAACUGUAUCGACAGAUGGACCAGCAUCGCCCCGAGAUACCCCGGUCUGCACUUUCAAGAAAACAACCCCUUUUCACUCAUCACAGGCUCUCGACGAGAAGAGUUCGAGGUGGCUUACGGCUACUCUGUGGAGGCGCUUAAGGCGUACAAAUUCAUCCAAGACUUGUGCUACCAACUGGGCCCCAGGUUCCAGUACUCCAUUGGCCACCUCGAAGCCAUGGCUGUGGAGGCAAAGGAACACGUCAUAGGGGCUGCUGAAGCUGAGGCCCAGCUGCACUUUCUGGGUGAGGUGAGGGCACCAGUAGCUGUGCGUGAAACCAGAUUCAUCCAGUACUUGUACUCUAUGGACGUUGUCAUUCGCCAAUACAGUCUCGGAAUCAUCCAGGGCGUGGUACUCAACAUCUACUGGGCAUUGGUGAUCUUCGUGGGCUUUGCAACAAACGUCUUCUACUCCUACUUCCCAGAUGUUGUCCGCCGAAUGAAAGGUCCUCGGAUUACAUGGUUCAGGCGACACUUUACCCUCCCUGCUACCAUUGGAACUGAGCACAAUGCACCUCACGUUAUUCUCAAGUACAUACAGAUCCACCUGCCUACCCGGAUCCACUCCAUUGUCAUUGCAAUCUACGUUUUGUUGACUGUAGUGCUGACAAUCUUUCCCAUCCAUUUCAGUGCCAACGAUCCCUAUCUGGGCACCUCUCUGAUCAAGUUUGCACGCUACACAGGCAACCGAACAGGUCUUGUGGCUCUCACGCAGAUCCCAUUACUUGUCCUAUUCGGAGGCCGAAACAACAUUCUCCUGAGAUAUACAAAGUGGCCCUUUAACACGUUUCUGACCUACCACAGAGCGAUUGCCUGGGUCACCUUCUCCCACAUGGUGUUCCAUUCAAUCGCGUUCGCCUUCCUCGCUGUCUACAAGAGUACCUACCCUCACAAUUGGGGCUUUAUUAACUGGAACAUGGGCCAUCUGGCAACUGUUGCAGCUGCAGUCAUGGUGACGGUUGCUAUUCGGCCAAUAAGAUCUCGGGUCUACGAGCUCUUCUACCAGACUCACAUAUCCGGCUUCGUCAUCUUCCUGGUCGGUCUUGGUCUUCACUGCCAUAACUUUGGGUGGAUGGGCUGGGUAUACACUUCCGGUACCAUUUUCCUCUACAAUGAGCUGUCUUCAAUAGCCAAGAUUUUCUUUUGUGGUUGGAAUUCGAUUGCCACACUCACUCUGUUUGAGGAGGGAAUGUUCAAGAUUGUCGUAACCACGUCUGGGCGCUGGAACUUCUUCCCCGGCUGUUACUGUUACAUUAUAGCCCGUCCUAACCUGCUUCAAGGUCAUCCAUUCUCUAUCUAUGUCGCUCCAGACAAUACAUCCACCCCUGGCAACGCCCAGCUCACCAUGGUUGUAAAGCCUCGCAAGGGUAAGACUGCCAGGCUGACACGCAUGUUACAGGACCAUUACGAAUCCACAGGCUCGCGAAGCAUGCAGACCAGACUAUAUGUCGACGGUCCUUACGGAAAUCAGCAGCCUCUUUCGGAGUACGCUAAUAUUCUGCUUGUUUCUGGGGGAGUUGGUGUAACUGCCGCUUACGGCUAUGCCAGCUACAUUACUGGCCUACAGCAGUCCCCUCUCAGGAGCACCCGUGCUCUUCAGAUCAUAUUUGUCUGGAUUGUCCACGACGCCCGAUCGCUCAAGUGGUUCCAAACAGAGCUUCUCCAUCUGAUCAAGUCACCCAACGUCAAGGUUGAGAUCUACAUUACCCGCGGUUUCCUCGACAAGGACGAUUCCUUUGUUCCGUCCACACGAGUGUAUCAGGCGUUCCAACUCGAGCGAUGGGUGCUCUGUGGAAGUCCCACCGCCCCUAUGAUAUCCCGAUCUGUCCCCAUUGAGACGAUUGAAGCUGUGAAACACGCCCCUAUCAAAAUAACCAACCCCACAGAGAAUACCAACUACUUUGAUACCACUGAUACCCCGCCGAGACCUCUUCACAGCGCUGGAAGCACAUUGACUUCCCAUGCCUCGCCGAUGCUAUCUGCCUUCCCUCCCCCUCCUGAUAACGACACAUCGAUGACAGGACAAUCGCUUGACCCUGGCGGAACAGCGAGAACAUUAGAUCCCAAUGUUUUGAGUGCUAAGCUUGCCCAGGCGAGUGCCUCAAUUUCCCAGGAGAGAAAGGACAAAGAGGCUGCUGGAGAUACCCCUCAUGAUAGCGACUCGGACGAGAAGCCCCACGAUUUGGUGGUUACUCCGCCCACCCCUGAGCUGAACCACCCAGCGCAGGACCCAGAGGGAAACAGGGAAAGUUAUCACGUUCCUGAGAAGGGCAAGUUCAAGAUCGAGAUGAGCAAGCCGGAAGUGGCCAAGUUGCUGUCUCGCCACUUUUCCGAUAUCACCAACGACGACUCUGUAGGUGUGUUUGUGUGUGGGCCAGAGAAGUUCAAUGAUGAGGUGCGAGCUGCGUUCGUGACCGAGACGGAGAUCCACGGCAACAUCCGCAUGGAUUACUUUGAGGAGUCCUUUUGUUAG